AUGGCCCUAAACACGGGCAUCAUCACCUUCCUUAACCACAGAAGGCAGGUGCCAGCCGGAGUCAGCGAGGUCACUUUCGCCCACGAGAUGGGCCACAAUUUUGGCUCUGAGCACGACGUGGGACCCCAAUGCAUUCCAGGAGGCAGCGAGGGUAACUACUUGAUGUUCAGCAGCGCCUCGAGUGGAAGUGAACCCAACAACCGCAAGUUUUCACCUUGCAGCGUCGAUUUCAUUUCGGCCAUCCUCCACGAUAUGCUCAGCAACCAGGGCAGCAGGGAAAAUUGCUUGAUCGAAAGCGGGGGCCCCAUCUGCGGCAACACCAUUCGCGAGGGAGACGAGGAGUGCGACUGCGGCUUCACGGAGGACGAGUGUCGGAACAAGUGCUGCUUCUCGCCUUCAAAUCCGCACAAGGCGAAAGGCUGCACGCUCACUCCCAACGUCAUGUGCAGGUGA